CUUUUUAGCUCCACGCUUGGCAAACUCCUUAGCCAGGUGACGACCGAUGCCCCGUCCGCCACCAGUGAUAAGAACCACAUCUCCGGUCAGAUCUCUUCGCCUGCUCGUUUACAGUCCUCAACCUCAGAGCAGAAAUACUUUCAGAAUCCAGAGCACCCCCAGAACAUGGAGACCUUUUUAAACGGGCUUUAAACUCACACAGUAAAUCCAGGAGACGUUUUGGAGAUUCCAGACUGUGAUUUUUGGCCUGGCCUCUGCCUCUACUGCUGAAAAGCUGAAUGCAGGGCUGCUCUGACCAGGCCGAGUCAAAAUGCGGCCCCACAAUGAGGGCUUUGUGCUUUGCCGUGCCUCUUAGUAAUGGCCCAGCAACUCUCACAGAAGGCUAAUGGUUGUCUGGUGGUGGAAAAACAUGUUUCAUUCAGAUCUGGUUGUUUAUGAAUCUGUUGAUCAUGAAACCUAGAAACACAGAGCCCAACUUAAAACUCCAUUUUAUUUGAUAGGACCUCAUCCUUUAUAUUUAUUUUAAUGCAAGCUUUGUUCUGUGAUGCGCCAUAUUGGUGCCAAAGAAUGUCUUUUGUCUGUUAGUGUGUCACUGCCAUCUACAGAUCAGAACUGGAAGUUCACUAAAAAAGCUAACUUCAGAUCUACCACAAACAUUGCUUAUCACGGAAUUUAGUUUUAUCAUUAAUGUGCAUAUGCGUUUGCAUAGUAAUAGGAUUAAAGCUCAGUUAGUUUGCAGUGUGUAUGAAUAUGCAGUGUUUUGUCUGUUCUUAAGCCAUACCACCAUUAAUUAUCCCCAAGUAAACAUUCAGCCUAGCAUAUUUUCAGGCGUGUUGUUUACAUUACUAAUUGGCGGCUGUGUUAUCGGUUAACUACCUAGUGAGGACGUUUUGAUAAGUAACUAGUCAGGGUUGCCAGGUGUGCGUGGAAAAACACCCUGACAUAAUUACAACACUUUAAAGUGUGUUUUGCAAAAAAGUAUGUUGUGCAUUUUCAAGUUUACUUAAAUUUUGUUGUAAGGGCAGGCUUUAGGGGCUUUCUUAGAAAAUAUUGUGGUUGCCGUUAUUUUACGUUAUAGUAUGUGUACUUUCCCUUUUACAACUUUUACUUGUACUUGCCUUAUUUUCCCCAUGCACGUGAUUCCUCUGUAAAUUCUGUGUAUUUAAAUUCCUGUUGGAUGGGCAAACAAUCGUACAUUUCAGUAAAUGUUUUGUAAUAUGUUACACCAUCAAACCACAACACAAACAAUGAACAAAAAAACAAAGAUUAAAAGAUCCACGUGGCAACCCUUGCCCUAGCUGACCUUCUCCCUGCAGUAUAACUAGGGGGAAGUGUAUUCUCAACAUUUUAUUCUGUGUGUGCAACACAUUCAAGCAGCCAUGUACAUUGGAACUGCAAUACUGAUCAUUGGAUUUGCGGCUCUUAUUGCCGCUGUUUGUUUGUUGUUAGUUGGCCUGGUGUACUUUCAGCUGAUGAAUUCAGAUAUUCCCCCUGGAGUUGCAAGUCCUGCAAAACUGCAUGUGGUUCAUUGCGUGUUUGUAGGAAUUGCAGUAGUGGGCAGAAUUCUGGAGCGACUGGGGCUAUACGAUCAAGUGAAUUUCGCACGAUGGUUUAGAGCUCAUAUCUUGGCUAACAAAAGGCCGAUUCCCCCUGGGCUUCGUAUUAAGGACAUGACCUUCAAUGGAGUUCCAGUGAGAGUGUAUGAGCCCACAGCAACCUCAGGGGAGAAAAAGAAGGGCUUGGUCUUAUUUCAUGGUGGAGGAUGGGUAUUUGGCAGCAUUGAUGAUUAUGAUGUGGUGUGUCGAUACAUUUCAAUGGAAAGUGACACUGUAGUUGUGUCUGUUGGUUACAGACUGGCACCUGAGCACAGGUACCCUGCCCACCUCGAUGACUGUGAGGUCGCGACUCGUCAAUUUUUGUCAAUAGCGGCAGCUGAUUUCAGAGUGGACCCACGCAGGGUUGCAGUUGGUGGGGACAGCGCAGGGGCGAACCUGGCAGCCGCUCUUUGCCAGAGGCUGGCGAAGACACAAGAUGGUAAUUUGCCAUCUCCCUGUGCCCAGGUUCUAAUCUACCCAGCGCUGCAGAUGGCAGAUUUCAACCUGCCCUCAUACCAGCAGAACCACUCCGUGCCCAUAUUGUUCAGAGGCCGAAUAGUAUUCUUUUUCUUGCAGUACUUAAACGGGGAUAUGUCAGUGGGCCAGGAUCUUUUGGAUGGAACGCAUGUUCCUGCUGAGCUAAAACUUCGCUAUAAGAAAUGGCUGGAUCCGGCUAAUCUUCCACCUCAGUUUAGGAAAGGAGUAAAGGGUCAACAGGUUAUCUCAGGCCAUAAUGGUGAGGUUUAUCAUAUAAUCAAACAAGGCCUUGAUCCAGAGAUCUCCCCUUUACUAGCCGAGGAUGAUGUUCUUCGCAUCUCGCCGCCCACCUUCAUCCUGACCUGUGAGUUUGAUGUGCUCAGGGACGAUGGCAUUCUGUUCCAAAAGCGACUGAAGGAUUUAGGAGUGGAUGUCACAUGGAAGCAUAUAUCUGAUGGCUUCCAUGGUAUCAUGAGCUUCUUCGAUGUUGGCUGGCUGACGUUUCAAUCCUCUCAAAAGGUCAUGGACAGCAUUGUAAGCUACGUAAAGACAUUGUGAAGUUACAAUAUGAUCUUUACUGUAUGUGGACUUUGUGAUGAGCAGAAGAUAAUAUAAAUUAACAAAAGUAUACUUUAUAUCAGUUGUUUUACUAGAAUCGUGUUGGAAAUACUGUAUUCUGUGACUACCUUGAAAGCGGUCAAUUUAGAUUCUGUUUUAAUUCUGUCAUAAUUUUGAAUGUAAUUGCUGUAGGUGUUGUAUUAAAGUGGUUUUACAUGUAAAAACAAUGCUUAAUUUGUCCAUUGAAUCAUGAAUGAUAUUCUUGAUUGUGACACGUAGUUAAAAUUCCUCCCACAUGCUAUAUUCCUUGUAU